AUGGUCAAAUCCACGCAAAUUGCGCGGCUGGAUGGCCUCAUGCUGGCUGCUUCUGUAGACGAUGAACAGGCAGAAGGCGAGUUGGCAGAGGUGAAAUCCCAGACAAAGAUGAUAUUUCGACGCCUGAGCCGGAACUCAGCCCAGGAGGCCAGUAUUGAAUCGGGGCAAUACAGUUUACACUACAUCAUCAAAGAUGACGUCUGUUUCCUAUGCAUAUGCGACAGAUCCUACCCACGAAAGCUCGCGUUUACCUAUCUCGCGGACCUUGCCACAGAAUUCACCACUACAUACUCUGCAUCACAGUACCACUCGCCCAAUCUGCGUCCGUACGCGUUUGUCGAAUUCGACACGUUCAUCCAGCGCACCAAGGGCACGUAUCAGAACAGCCGCGCGGCGGCCAACCUGGACAAGCUGAACGACGAGCUCCGCGAUGUCACCAAGGUCAUGACGAAAAACAUCGAAGACUUGCUGUAUCGGGGUGACAGUCUGGAGCGCAUGGGUGAGAUGUCAGGCCGUCUGCGGGAGGACAGUUUGAAAUACCGCAGAGCCGCUGUGCGUAUCAACUGGGAACUUCUACUAAAGCAGUACGGGCCGUUUGCUGGAGUCGGAUUCGUUAUGCUCGUUUUGAUUUGGUGGCGUUUCUUUUGA